CGCGGAAACGGUUGCUAUGGGUUUAACGGCUGUGGCGGCGCGAGGGAGCCGUGCUCGGCCCUUACGGCCUCUGUUGAGCGCCGGUCUCCGCACUCUGUCGGCGUCGGCUGUCCGGGCGCGGCCUCGCGGGCUGGUCUACGAGCAGCAUGGGGAGCCGGCUCAGGUCCUAAAGUAAGGGAGGGAAAUGUUUGGGCUGGGCCGGGUGUCCGCUUUGCCAUGGAGACAGCAGGUGCGGUGGGGAGAAGCCACGUCCACACAGCCCAACGGCGCUAUAGACGUCUGGUUGGAUGUGAAAAAGUCCCGCUGUGUUCCGUAGGGUUAGUGGGGGGCUGCGUUAUAUAUCUCAGGGCGUCCUGGGUUUGCAGCCUCAGAAUGGGCAAGAAUUAAGCUGGUGGAGCGGGAAACCACUACCGCACCAGUGCAUCGCCCGGGCUGGGGGAGGCUGCACCUGUUGAAUUUCUGCCUUUCACGUAGGUAUGGCAUGGCAUGAUGGCAAGAAGCACCAGGGCGAGGGGAGGCUGGAGAAAGAGAAUACAGUGGUGCCUCGGGUUACAGAUGCUUCAGGUUACAGACUCCGCUAACCCAGAAAUAGUACCUCGGGUUAAGAACUUUGCUUCAGGAUGAGAACAGAAAUCGUGCUCCGGCGGCGCAGCAGCAGGAGGCCCCAUUAGCUAAAGUGGUGCUUCAGGUUAAGAACAGUUUCAGGUUAAGAACGGACCUCCAGAACGAAUUAAGUUCUUAACCCGAGGUACCACUGUAUUUAAGUCGUAGGGGAAGAGAGAGAUUACAUGCUUCGGCUGUUCUCCUACCUAGUGUGUUAAGUUUAUUCAAAGCUAGAGCUUCUCCUGAGUGUAGGUGCAUAGUAUUUCAUCACCUGUAAUCAUUACAUCAUUGAAGAUGGCAUAAAAAUAAAAUGCAAUUUCAGAACUUAAGCUUUUGUUAUGGUUUUGUGUGUGCAUUGGAACUGGCCUCUGUGUACUUAGGAAUUUUCCUUUCCUCCUUGCACUCCCCGCUGCCCUGCUCUUUUUAUUUGACCUUCUCUAAGAUGUAAUGGCCAAGGAUAUAGGACCUGGUAAUUGGUGACCUAGCCUUGGUUUCUCCUUCUUUUGGGUAAGUGUCUGCCUUUGUGGCCGUGUUAAACUUGCAAAGCUUGAUCAAGAGUUCAAAGGACUUCCAAGAGGCCCUGAAGCUCCUGCACUGUCACAGCCGUUGCCUUAUAUUCAAAUUGGCUCUAUUUCCUGAAGAGCAACAGAAGUAAAACAAUUCAGAGGUAUCCCCAAAUAUUUCCGUUCUCAUGAUGAGGACAUGUGUGUGGAAGUUUCUUUCCACGCUUUGCAGUUGCAGAUUUGCCCAUUACGGAUUGCUGUUUCUGAAUUGGUAAGCUAAAGACCCCAACUGACAGAUAUUGCAGAGUAGUUCUCAGCUGCUGGGCAUCAGCUCUCAGUGAUAGUAUGUGCAAAACAUUUAAAUAGUGAAAUAAUUGAAACAACCUUAUGUAGCUUACGGUAAGAUUUUACAUUCUGGUCCUAGAACCUCAUUCUUUAGCAUCUUUUACUAGAUUGUUGCAAACAUUUUUCCAUUCUUGUUGAAGGGACGUUGAAUAUACCGGUAGUAGCUUUGGAGAUCACAUCCUUUUGGAAACUGGACGCAACACUCCUGUGCUGGAUAUGGGGAUGCGUUUGCCAUACCAUAUAUGGCCAAAAUACCCAGCUGUUACAGUCUCCGUGACUAUUUAAAGUUCAGGUUUUAUUCUGGGGGUUUUGGGGGGUGGGAGUUGGCCUAUAUAAAUGAUUAGUCAACUACUGAAAUCUUCCAAGUACGCAAGCAGGUAAUGUUUGUGUUAAGUAGGUCUGACAUUAAGUCUGCCUUGUGUCAGAUAUAAUACUCAAUGGAGUGACAUUUCUUCCUUCUUACUUUGAAGGAAGGCAGGGAUAAUCAAGCCUACAAGUAUAACUUUUUAGGUGGGAUUAAAAAGUCAAGGUCCAGCUAACUGUAGGAUUUUAAAUCCUUUUAGCAAAGUCAUAGUAAGAUGAAUACUAGAGUGGCUGGGGAAACUCAGCCAGAUGGGCGGGGUAUAAAUAAUAAAUUAUUAUUAUAUUAUUAUUGCUACAUCUGAUUUUGAGUGAGAGCUCUCUUGUUGUUCAAAAUGCAUGUUUUUGCUUCUAAAAUAGUAGGUUAGACUUUGUGGCAGAGAGACAGCUUGCUCCAAACACACAAAAUCGUAGAUAUAAAGAGGAACUUCUGAUUCUGCUCUAAUAAUAGCUCAUUUCUAAUUUGAGCCUGAGUUUUGAAUUUCAGAUUUUCUUACAAGAUUAUAGUAUAGUAUAGAAAUUCUAGAUCCAGUUGUAAAAAAAUUAACUGCUAAAUUUCUUUAGUUAUCUGGAAAUAUGGAUUUUAACUUCUGCUGUUUAAGUUGUAAUGGCUUCAGGUUCCAAAAUGUAGCAUAAAUAGUUUUUUUGAAUCAGAUCAUACAUUUUUGCUUUGAAUAUUUGUGGUUUUUAUUACAACUAAAGUAUGUUUUUAAAUAUUUAGACGUCACAAGGCUGAAUUGGCUGCACAGCUGAGUUCAACAUGGAUAAUUUGAUCACACAAGAAGCAGGCUUGACGUUGAUGGGUCUUUAAGCCUACUUCAAGCCUACCUUGUACAGGGAUCAACGGUGCAAUCUAGUCCCCACAGAGAGUCAUCAGGUGAUUGACAAGUGAAUGACCUCACCAACAUGUCAAAUUUGGCCCACAAGGGGCAGGGGAAGAUUGAGUGAAGGAUAUCAGAACUAUGACUUAUGUCAUAUUGGGCUACUGGACAGUUGAAGUCAAUAGAAAUAAACUUUAAGAGGUACACUUGCUUAGUAUGCAAGCAUUCUAGAUGCCUAGCAGGAAGGUAUCUUACCUCCCACAUGCUAGUCCAAGAGGAGGAAACAUGGCUGAUAAGGCAAUCUGAGGGGCCUAGGGUGCAACUUGGGUUGUCAUCAUGGGCAACCUGCAGGAAGAGAUUAUUAGUGGUCUGACUGGGGAUGAAGAAGGCUAUAAAUCUAUUUGGGACAAUAGGUGAGGAAAAAUGGUGUCAGCAGAGGCUAUGAGAGAAGCAGUGGAGGCUGGAGAAAGUUGUUGGGGGGUCUUGCAAUGUUGAUAUAAAAACUUUGGAAUGUGCUGCUAAGGAUACUUAUCCCUGUUUAGUUAUGGUAAAUUGAUUCUGCACUCUCUUCCCCUGAUUCCCGUGUUACUUCUUGAAAGUGCCACAGUGAUAUUUAAUUUCUGUCCUGAAAGGAAAUCAAAUAUGACAAUUGGCCAUAAAAUUCCCUGCCCAGCAUCUUGUAGAUUAAGCAAUGGAUUUCUUACACAAUUUACUUGAUCAGUUGAAGCGAGUGACUAUUAUUCAGCUGAAUGGCGUAAUAAAUUUGAGCAAAUUUGGAUGAUUAGGUUCCUGCCAUACUUUGCUGGCAAUGUAGUAAUUAAUGGUCUGCCCGCAUUUCCAUUAGAACAUCAAUUUUUCAAGGGAGCUAUAAAUUUGAAAAAAGAAAUCUGGUCUGUUCAGAAAUGUUGAGAUCAAGGGCUCAGACUAAACUGUCUUCUCUACUGGAUUUUACUGUUCCUGGUUUUUCAGCACCAGCUACACUAGCUGCACAUCUGGCAUCUUAUAAGAUAAAUAUAUUAUUAACCACAUGCCUUUAGUCACUAAAAAAAUAGUGGCCUGAGAAGUCCCUUCUUGGUCCAUGAAAGAACCAUGUGUGCCUCUCAAAGUGCUAUCUUGUGGUUUACAGAGGACUAUGCUAUGAUAGCAUCACAAAAUGUUCUUUCUUUUCCUUUUAAAAGUUGGGGUGGCAAGCCUGUGGGAUGUAUUCAGUGCUGCCCCCCCAUUUGCCUACUUUUUAAAAUUACUUUUUUAAAGAUGCAGACUGCUCACGUCAGUUCCCAACUGUACUGCUGUGGUGCAGAAAGGGUUCUUAUACAACCACCACCUCCGCUCCAAAUUUGUCCUGACAGGGAUGUUACUGUGUGUCUUCUCUGUGUGCAGAGAUACAGUGAAUAUUGGGUAGUAUGUAAACCCUUCCUUCCUCUAUUACGUUCUAGCGUGCAGAGAAGUGGAAGCUAAAAUAGGAGUCUGCAAGUGAAGGAGUAAGCUUUUUUUUCAGUUAAUCCUAGAGUUCUAUGACCAGAUGAACAACAGAUGGCAAGACAGUUGAGGGGAUGUACCCUGCUGACACGCUGAAAGCUGACCUCCCAGAAGAAUCUUUCUGUUCCGUAAGAUCGUAUUCUGAGGUUUUAGGUGCCCUAACUUUCAGAAGUUAGAAGAGUCGUGUCCAGGGGUAGGGCCUCUUCUGUGUUGGCACUCUUAGUGUUGAAUACAUGCCCCCAGAUAGCUGUUUGGCACCUGUCCUUUAUAUUUAAGACCCCUGUCAAACUGUGUUUCAUGUUCUAUUUAGGGCAUUCAGUGGGUGAUUCCUGCCCCUCUUAUUUUUAUUUAAUGCAGCUGCUAUUUUUUUUACUGGAUUUUGCUGUUUGUUGGUUCUAUAGAGUAUUGGACUAGAUAACGCUCAGGGUCCCUUCCAACUCUGAUUUGGAUUCUAUGAUAGGAUGCAUCAAUAGGUAACAAGCAAGGAGGGUCCAUCAGUUAUUUUUGUGCUCCAGGAGAUGAUGCUAUCUCUCCUUUCCAGGAAGGAAAAAGUCUUAGAGCUACGCUCUCCCACAGUCCCCCUCCAUCACACCACUGUGUGACAGAGUAAGCAAAGUCUUUACCCUCAAUGGUGUCUCUGUGUACCCUACCCAUGUGCUAAAUGUAGAGUGCUGCUGUAAAGAAACCACUCCUAUAAAUUACGUUUAUAAAUCUUACCACUAAUAUAAAUCCCAGAUCUUCCUCUCCCCACCCCCUGUUUGAGGGCAGAUAGGAAGUUGCUGUGUCUCAGUCCCUGUGCAAACCUGGGGAGCUAAAAAUUAGAAAAUCCUAAAGGAAUUUUUGCUUUAUCUCUGACAUAGAAUGAACAAGUCUCCAGGUGAAGGUGAGCUAUUGCAGUGUCUGAGCAAUUACUACGCUAACGAAACAUUGCUGUGGUGCUCACACACUUUUUAAAAAGGGGGUGGGGCAAGGCCACCCCAAGUGUGUGACAACAGUUGAGAGGAAAGUUUGUGCAUGAAUCUGCAACAAAGGGAAAAUGAAGCGGGCUCUUUGUGGGAGGAAGGAGAUUAAAUAUCAUGCAGGUAAAAUACACUAUGAAUUUUACUACAGCACAAAGCUGCAGAGGCAAACAGAAUGUAACCACUUGAGUCACGUGGAUGAUGGAUUACUCUGUUUCAGUUAAGUCCAAACACAUGAGCAAUAAUUCCAAACAGAGCUAAGCUAUAAAGCCUCCCUAACUGCAGCACAGAUGCUACUUGCGACUUGAACAAGGGCCUUGGUAUUUGUACUUAAGAGUCUAUACACAAAUUCCCCAUGACAUUAAUUGCUGAAAAUGAGCAAUUGUGUUUGUGAUCGGUUGUUUUAGAACACUAGGAUCAGAAGCCUCUGAAAAGAGUUGUCAUGCUUUCAGAGGAAACGGCUGGAACAGGUCUAUUAAAACAGCCAAACCUAUUUUAAUUCCAACAGCUCCAGCUGUGUGUGGCUUGUAUCUUUGUGGAAAAAGAUUAAACAAUGUUAUCAGUGCUAAAUCCAUCAGUGAUGGAUAGCAUUGUGGCAAACAUUUCACUCUGUGUCUAAGAUGUACCAAACGCUGCUGUGAAAGGAAAUUAUUUUACAACCUAAAAAUGCAUUUUUCAGAAUCUGAUCCCUAUGAUCUUAUGUGGCAACAUUAACUAAAUGUAUAUACUAUUUGUUAAGAUUAAGGGUUCAUAGUUUGGAGUGUGCCCUGUCCCUGCGCCGUAUAUGGGACCGUCUACAUUGACCGUCAUUGAGAGAUGUAACAGAUAUAUUCACACCUCAGUGGUUUAUUUUAUUGUAACUUCAGAACUUCUGACCUCCCCACAGUUUAUUUUUAUUAAGAAUAAUUUCCUGCCUUUUGCACUGAUAACAACCUUACAGUGGCAACAAUAAAAUGCCUUUCUAAACAACUGAACAGCAAAAUAAAAACAGCCAGGACAACGUUAUGCUGUAGGCUAUAUUGAUUUACUCUGCAGUAGCCUGUCCUGCAUUGGCUUCAAAGUAAUGUGUGUUAGUAAACCGACCAUAACAUUUUUAAAAAUGUAAGUCUGUUUAUUAGAAUGAACACUUGGUGCCUGACAUGUUAACUCAAAAGUAUGCGUAGGAUUGUAGCCUUUGGUAAAAAUGGGAUGCAUUGUCUCACUGCAUUCAUCCCAACAUACAUUUCAUAGUUGUAAUCUUAUGUAUGCUUUCUUUUAACUGUCUUAUUUCUCUGCAAAAGGCAAAAUCCCAAAGUGUUUUACCAGGGGCAGGCACCAGUAAAUAGGGGCUACUCCUGUUUUAAAAAAAAUAAAAAAAUGACGUGAUUAUGAGAGUUCAAGCUUGGAAACCGUGCCCAGAAAUACCCACCAGGGAGCACAAACGACUUGGGGUGAAUGAAAAGGGUUUUUUUUCAUCCUCUAUUUACACAGAGGUUCAACACAUAUUUUCAGAGACCCUCCUCUGCAUGAUCAAAUCAUGCUAAUGUCUAAAGUGCUAAAAAAAAUUGAACAUUUGUGUCUUCUGCUGUCUAUUUCAAAAGUUACAUUUCCAAUAUGUUUAACAGAUUGCUGUACCUCAGAUGCAGAGGGGGGAACCUGCAGUUCUCCAGAUGUUGUUGCGCUACAGCUUCCAUCAUCUUAUGACCAUUGGCCAUGUUGGCUGGGGAUGAUAGGAGUUGGGAGUCCAACAGCAUCUGGAGAGCUACAAGUUCAUCACCCUGUUCUAGCUGUUGAGAUUCAACCUGCUUUCUAAAUUGCCUUUUCAAGCAUUUUUGUGUGUGUUUUUAUCAUGUAUUUUAUGGCUUUGUAGGUGAAAGAUCUUGGUGUGAUGUGGCUGCCUUUUCAAAUUGUAUUAGUCUGGUUUGUGAUUUGUAAUGUGGUAGUGUCAUUUUUGUUGUGUUUUGCUAUUGUGUGAUGUUCUUACUGUGAGCUGCUUUGAAAGCCCUAGGGCAGGAAAGCAGGGUUAAAAAAUCUAAAUAUAGACAAACUUUUUGCUGAUGGCUUUUUAUAACACUUCAAAGCCUUUAGGGAAGUCCCUUAUUAGCUGGAACUAAUUUUCAUUAUUGUGUUGUCGAAUCUAACCUUUAAUUACUGAGAUGCUUUGGUCUCUUUUGAGGGCAAAAGAACUGAACUUUUCCACUCUGCUCUCUGGGGUAGCAACAGAAUUGCUGACAGAUCAGAUGAUGGACCAGUUCAUUGGGAUGUAAUGUUUGCCUGUUUGUGUGUCAUUCUUCGAUUCAGGAAUCUAGUGUGUUGGGCAGGUGCUUCAGUGGAGAUGCAGCGAAUUAAUUUGGCUGCCUACCGUAUCCAAGCAGCUGGAAGUCAAGGUUUCUUUUGCAAAGGGUAUAAGGUGGCCAAAGCCAGUGCAGGGAUCCCACUAAUGCCAGGUAGCACAUUUUAGGUCUUCCAUGUGCAUUCUUUAGCAGGAUGUCGGUUGCUUCCUCACCGUAGCAAUUUAGUGCUUCAGAGAAACUGCUUCUAACAAGUCAGCAGGAAUUACAACAUUGACUUCAUAUAGCACUUGACAUAACACUAUUUUCCCCCAUGAAAAGUCUGUCAAAUCCUAAUGGGUGAGAGCUUUAAUAUGGGUUUACUCAGAAGUAAGUCCCAUUCAUUAAAGAUGCUGCUUCUCCCUGCCACUGUCUGCUUAAAAUAUGCUCCUGAUUAUUCCUUGGCGACUGGUGCCUUUUAAACUUGGUGCCAAAUGCAAGCCCUGCUGGGAUUGAUUCCGCUCAGUAGCUCUGAAUUGGAGCUCCCAAGUGACAUCAAUCUCUGCCAGAAGUGGAGCUUGAAGACAGCAUCAAUCAGCUGAUCUGCAUUGACUUCAAGCUCUGCUUGGAUUGGCUGGUAUCUUCCUUUGCAGCACAACUUGAGCUCAAAGAAAAAUGGAUCGCCUGACAUCAUGAUGAUGCCACCAGAUUGAUGAGUGGGUAGCUGUGUCCACCUGUCAAAAUGGCCCUCAAAGGGUGGGUGAGCUCGUGAUUUAGCCUGCCAGCCAGAUCCUGUUUCCCAUCCCAGAAUUAACACAGUAUCCUAAAUAGUGCUUUGCUAGUGUUAUAGGGUGGUGCUGCAAAUGCAUUUUAAACAGAAACAAAUGGCAUAAGAUAAAAUAGGAGAAUACAGAAAAUACUAGAAUGCAACAGGUUGGGAAAAUCACUCAGUUUUCAGAAAAUCUCAAUGAAUGAAUGAUACCCAUUGGUCACAUAUAAAACUGGUUAGGAACCCACAAAGGGUCCACAACUGCUGCUGCAGAAGGAUGCUAUCAGGAGGUUUGAAUGGUACUUAAACAAGUUCUCUUUCGGAUGAGAGAUUGAACCUGAUGGAUGAACACUUUAAAGACAGAUUAAAAUCCAUCAAAAUGCUUAAGAAUCACAUGGGUGAGAAAGAGCCUUAAGCAUAAUAUUGCAUUUUUGUCUGCCUUUCCUUCCAGCCUAAAGGAGAUAGAUCUGGCAGAGCUGGGGGAUUCUGGAGUCAAUGUGAAAAUGAUUGCAGCCCCUAUCAAUCCAUCUGACAUCAAUAUGAUUCAAGGUAACCUUGGCUUGCAUGCAGACAGUUUCAUUCUUGCUCCCCAUAUCAUUUCUUCAUAUAAUGCUGUCAGAUGGUAAUAAGGCAAAAUAGAUUGUCUAAAUUUAAUUAUAUACCCUGUGGAAUAUACCACAGGGGUUACAUGGCCAACUUUCCUUCUUCUGCGUGUGCGCACACACACACACACACACACACACACACACACACACAAUUUGAGUCAGGUUGAAUUCCUUUCCAUCUCUGAAAACAAUGUUUUCUAAGGGCCAUGUCUGUCACUGUGUGCCAUGCAAGUUAUUAAUGUUGUCUAAAUACUUGGAAUGAUUUGGCCCCCAAAUACAUAUAGGCAGCAAAGCUCCAUAAAGUGCAUAAAUAUUCAUAUGUGCUUUUCAGUAGUGAAGCUAUCCACUUAAUACUGAAGAGCGAAAGCAAGAAGUAGCAGGAAGAGAUGUUCUCCUUACCCCUCAACUUUGCAGAUUCUCUCCCAACAUGCUCCCUCCCAGAUUGGCUCUGACUGGUUUAGGCAGUAGCAUAUUCUAGAAGGCAGCAAUUGCCAUUCAGGUGUUUCAGCUUCCGCUCCCUGUUCAACAGCAACAAAUUAAAAUGAUUGUGUAGGAAUUGGCCCUUGUGCCUCUGGCAUGGGGUGAAGGUCCCCUAUGUGUUGUGUUUAGGAGUGCAUGGAGGAUAUGAAGGUGCCAGAACAUCCAAAGCAGGUGUGCAAAACCUGUAAACCCCACGCCCUCCAAACCCUCCAAACAUUGGACUACAACUUCCAUCAUUCCUGACCACUGGCAAUGCUGAAUGGGACUGAUGGAAGUUAAAGAAACCAAUGACAGCUGGGAGGCAGCUGGAACCCCAUCCCUGAACUAGGGACCUGGGAGAAGGAUGCAACUUCAUUCACAGAGACAGAGAGUGAGUGUUCCAACUGCUGCUGUGACAGAUUUACCACUUUUCGUUUACUUAAGUUGUAAAUUGUCUUUUAGUUUAUGUUCAUUGUUAACCACCUUGGAAACUAUUUUGAUUGAAAGAUGGCUGUUUCAGUCAUAAGUAACGAAUGUUCAUAUGCUUGUCACAUGCUGGCAUCUUGUUUCUGAAUAUGAAGAAAAAAUGAAGCAAGUCUGAAUAUUGGCUUAUUUCCAAUAACUGCUUGGAUGUUUUAUGGUAUAGUUGUCAUCUUGCAGGGACGUAUGCUACUCUGCCUGACUUGCCUGCGGUUGGUGGGAAUGAAGGAGUUGGACAAGUGAUUGAAGCUGGGAGUCGUGUGACUUCUCUGAAGCCAGGUGAUUUGGUUAUCCCAGCUGAUGCAGGACUUGGUGAGCUUGAAUAACUUUUUUAAAACAAUUAACUAAGGAAAAAUUGGCUCUGCAGCUAGAUAGGAGAAAGGAAACAUACUCAUCAAGGGCCAUAACCCGUCUGAUAGUCUGAUUCCCCAGUUUAAAGAAAGAUGCCCUCUUUUGCUGUACAUCUACAAAGACAUGCACUUGAAAAUCUCUGAUGAAGAUACAGUAGCGCCCACCAGCUUUCAUCAAUCAACUUACAAUUUAUGCCUAAGUGGGCAGAGUUUGCAGCAUUUGGUGGAUAGCCAAAAAUUAAUUAUGUGACCUUCAGAAAUAGUGCUUGUAUUUUCUUCCCAUGGGACAAAGAGAAACUUCUGAAGUCAGGGAUUAAUAAAAUGGGGGGGGGGUUGUUUUAAAAGUUGUGCACUGCAAUGGUCAUUGCCUGCUUCAUAGAUACCCAUAGUGUGUUUACCUCUUAAACAACAACAGAAAAUCAGGAGGUCCAAUCAGUUCUCUUAUCAUACCUACUUAGGCCUGAAAAAAGAACAGCCCUGAUGUUCUUCCAAGAAAAUAUUUGUGACCCAGCAGCAGGCAAAAACUCAAUUUAUUUUCUUCUUUGCUCUUAGGCAUGUCAGUAAACAUUUUGAAACCACUAGCUUGCAGGAAUUGAGCUAUUCAUAAUUUUUGACCUAUUUCUUGAACCGGAAGCUUCUAACUUAAGCUGCUUGUUUCUAGCUGCACUCUUUGCCCAAACUGGACUUUUUUCUUUAAUCCCUCAAAUCAGGAACAUGGCGAACAGAGGCAAUAUUUGGUGAGGAGACCCUGCUGAAAAUUCCUCCUGAUAUCCCAUUAACGUGCGCUGCCACUUUAAGUGUCAACCCCUGCACAGCUUAUCGGAUGUUGUCGGACUUUGAGGUCUUGAAGCCAGGUGUGUACUGACAAUGUGUUUUGUAGUAUUUGUACAUCAUGAGCAACUUUACCAACUGGACAUCAUGACCUGCUUUGGGGCUACACAGAGACAUCUGGUUGACCAUUGGAGAAACCUUUGGCCCUUUGUUAUAAUCCAGCCGGUCUGUACUUUAGUCAUAAGAUGCAUCACUAGACUCUCUAGGAAGGAUGCAGGGAGGAAUAGAGGUGAGGGAUGAGCAAAAGAACUCUAACUUGCCUUGCUCAUCUUAAUUACCUUUUAGUCUGGACAGCAUAAUCAUGUCGACAGGUAUUCUCAAUUAUUGCUCCUUCAUCGUGAAUUUCAUCCCCUGGGAGAAUUUCCAAAGUUCAAGUCUGAGCCUGUUCGAGAAGCAGCAUAAGAUGAAUUUUUGUUCUGUUUUUCCCAAAUGACUUUAUGUGGCCAGAAACAAGGAGGGGGAAGAGUGAAACUCGGGCAGUGGAAUAAUUGCAACUGAGGCUGUAUGGUUCUUGUACUUUCAUUCCUAGGCCACCUCUGCCUUGCCACUCAGAUUUUUGUCUUCAUUCAUAUUUCAUUAUCAUCCCUUCUUCCUCCACCACCAAACACUCUGUCUUCUCUGUUUUGUUUUGUUUUGUUUUGUUUAUUAUCAACCAGUAGUGAUUUAGCACAGACAUUGAUACCAGAAUCUAUAGCUGCUGAUGGAAAUAACAAGAUUUUAGCAAUGUUCAACCAUUUUAGCAUUUCUAGAGCUAACCCUUCAAAUUUGGACUGAAAGGGGUGAUGGGUUCCUACUAAGAACAACAUGGAUUGUGGCUUCUCAGAAUCUGUUGUAUUUAUGUCCUGCUUGUGGGUUUCCCAUAGACCACUGUGAGCAGAAUGAUGGACUAGAGAAGCAUUUGGUCUGACCCAGCAGGGUUGCUCUUGUGUUUUAUAUUCUGUAACAGACAAGAAUGAAAAUUAGCAAACUCCACCAAAGGAAAUGAAAGGGAAUCUUAAACAGAGAUGCAUCUGUUUGUCUGCAGGAGAUUCAGUCAUCCAAAAUGCAGCCAAUAGUGGAGUGGGGCAGGCCGUCAUCCAGAUCGCAGCAGCCAAGGGGUUCAAAACAAUAAAUGUGGUCAGAGAUAGGUGAGUGUACAGUGAAACUGCUCAUUCUGCAUAUCUUUUCUAUUUUGUUUUGGCCCAAACAGCUCCCCUAGUUGCUGCUUGACUUGGCUUGGCCAGGAGAGGAUAUUCUCUUGGUAGCAGUUCCCAAAGUUAGAGUUAAGCAGGUAAAUGCAUCACAGUCCUGCAACAUGAUCAUAAUGUAGGUUUUUUAAGGUGUAGCAUAACUUUCAGCAGGUACAGACAAAACCAGGUGCAAAUUAAGAGUUCCACAAUUUCUUAAAGAAAAGAAAACUUUUAAGACUGCCACAGAGACUGUUUUGGAGGGGGUGUUAACUGGAGUGGUGUUGUGUUUAGUAUGUUGGACUAGGACCUAGGAGGCCAGGGUUCAAAUCCCCACUCAGCCAUGAAGCUAACUAAGUGACAUUGGGCCAGUCAGGAUGGCUCAGUUGGUUAAAGUGUGGUGCUGAUAACGCCAAGGCUGCAGGUUCAAUCCCCAUUAAAGGGGGUUGGACUAUAUGAUCCUCAGGGUCCCUUCCAACUCUAUGAUUCUAUGACUUCUCUAUGACUGUUUCUCAGCCUAAUCUGUGUCACAGAGUGGUUGUGUUGAUGAAGUGGAGAGGGAGAGGACUAUAUAUGCCACCUUGUGCUCCUUGGAGAAAAAGGUGGGAUUAAAUGUAACAUAAUAAUAAUUUAAAAAAUAGAAGAGGGGAAUCCCGUCUGUGCUUCCCCCCAUCCCCUUCAUUGAAAUCUUUAUCCUCAACCACUACUCAGAAAUUGCUGUUAUCCUCUCUGGGGGCAAAAGACAGUCACAGUUUAAGUAUGUUAUCUUUGUCCUUCAAUGUGGUUAAUGCAGCAUGAGGAGAGGGCCAAAUAUAUGCCCUACCCCAAGAAUGUAAGAACAGCCUUGCUGGAUCAGGGCAGUCAGGCCCAUCUAAUCUAAGGGAAGUGUUCUCUUCUCACAAUAGCUAGCCAGAUGUCUAUGGAAAGCCACAAGCAGAACAUGAGCACAAUAGCGCAUUCCCACUAGUAUUCUCCACAACUAGUAUUCUGAUACUGGAGGUUGUAUGUAUCCAUCAUGUUUUAUCUUCCAGGAUUUUGCCUAAUCCCUUUUGAAAGCUGUUGAAAUUAGCUGCCAUCAGUACAUCUUGUGGUAUCAGUUUCCAUAGUUUAACUAUUUGCAAUAUUUCCUCUUCCCUGUUCUGAAUCUCCCACCAUUCAACUUCAUGGGAUGCUCCCAAUGAGUUAGAUGAGAGAAGAACAACUCCUUACCCACUAACUGUACACUAGGCAUCAUUUCAUACAUCUGCUUCACCUCUUUCCGGCUUUCCCACCUCUGCACUGCUUCACAUUCAGUGUUACAUUAAUCUAUGGGUGCCUGAGUUUAGUUAAUAAUAAUAAUUGCUAUUAACUACUGCAUUAUUAUUAUUUAAAGAAGCGUUUAAUUGACUACAUUUCUUCCAAACCCUCCCUUGUGUCUAGUCAAUGAAAAGUGGGCAUGUGGAUGUCUGAUUAAAAGGGAUUUAUUUUGGAGAAGAGUGGAGAAAUGGAAGUGGCAUGGCUGAUGGCUCCCACAUUAUGGUUUCUGGAUUGUAAUCUACUUAGGUGUCUGAGCAAUUGGCAAGUGGUUCCCUCAGCAACGUAUUCUGAGGAAGCUGCUUCAGUGACUGACUGCAGGAAGAAUAGCAGAAGCUCUUCCCUUUCUCACUAAAUGAAGACUUGGGUUCACAUGAUGGCGAGUACAAGAAGAUGUUCUCCCUCGCUACUGUGCAGCGUGGCAUGGUAAACAGUGGGUCUUAACAUUAACUAGAUUCCUUUAUCAUUUGUCCUUCCUUCCCAGACCCAAUCUCCAGGAGCUUGUAGACAGACUGAAGUCCCUUGGAGCAGACCAUGUCAUCACAGAGGAGAUGCUGAGAAAACCGGAAGUAAAAGAGCUGUUUAAGGUAUAAGUGAAAACCAGAUUUCUGGGGGACAGAGAUGGCAAAGGAAAACAGGGUUGCAACAGUGAAUCACUACUGAUUGAUAAUAAAUGAAAUAAAACAGACAGAGAAGACAGGGUGUUUGGUGGUGGUAGAGUGGAAGAUAAUGAAAUAUGAACAAAGACAAAAAUCUGAGUGGCAAGGCAGAGGUGGCUUAGGACUGACACCACAACGAAAACCAUACAGCCUCAGUUGCAAUUAUUCCCCUUAAAACUGAAGUCAGAUUUUCUGCAUUCCUUUCUGUUUCUCCUCCUGUCUGCCCAGAAGCUGCCUCCUCGUAUUAUGGGCCAAACCAUGAAUCUUUUGAAAAAUUCAACUCAGUUGCAUCCUAGAGAUAAAAGAUUCCAGCUCAUAGGAGUCUUGAUUAUAGCUGUAUUGAAUGACACAAAAUGAGCCAGGAUCAGGUGAAUGUGUCUCUUUGUGAGAAUCCCUUCUGAAAGGUUGACAUCUUGGAGCUACAGCAGCAAACACAUGCGGUGAGGGGGGAGGCAGUAAAAGAAGGAGCUUAUUUUCUGUACAAUCUCUUGUUCUCCAGAAAAUCCCUAGGCCCAUAUUAGCUUUGAAUGGCGUUGGAGGGAAAAGUGCCACUGAGUUGCUGCGUCACCUGCAGUAAGUUCAGCUAUUUGUUGGGGGUGCAUUUUAAGUGUUUACUAAAUGCCUUUGUCUUACUGUUUUUAACUGCUUGUAUAUUUCAUAUUUUAAACAUUUUAAAUAUUUGCAUUGUGAACUGCUCUGGAAUAAAUAUUUAAAUAAAUGUAUUUAAAUAGUAUUGCUUGUGGCUGGAAUCCUCUAGUUCACAGUGCAGAUUUACAAAAUCCUCUCUUGGGUGUCUGCACUCAUGUUUCUUGAAGAAACAAGAUUGUGGGUGAAUUGAAAGUCUUUAUUCCUAAUGUAAAAAAAAGAGAGUUUUCCCAAGGAUAUGAGAUUCCAGCUCCCAGCAGUCUUAAUUGUAGUUAUAUUGAUCAUUAUCACAGAGGUUCAGCAUAGGUAACAUUUAAGAGAGAAAUUAAGAUGCAUUAAAAGACAUAGAAUACCUUACUUGUUGAGCUAGUAACUUUCAAAUGCCUGUCAGUGCUAAAGGGUCUCUCCUGCUGAAUCUUGAGCCUGCUUGAGUUUCAUGUUCUGAGGGAAUAAAGUUCUAAAUCUGUAUCUUCCAUGAGAUACUCCUAUGCUCAGUAGCUGUUUGAACACAGAUCAUGGAAGGACUGAAACCUACUCUUGAGCAAACUUAGCUGUCAUCAUGACUGGACACAGGAAGGGGGUUGGUAUCCUAACUGGGACCCCACUAGUUUGGGGCUUUAUUGAUCAAAGCUGGCUUGUGUUCCAUAAUUUAGUGUAGCCGCUUGAAAUUACCUUGAAGGCCUGCCAGGUUCGGCAGACGCACUGCCAGGAGCCGCCCUAUUAUUUAAAGGCAGACAAUUGCCCAGGGCCACAAACCUGCAGAUGUUCUUUCUGAAAAGGAACAGAUCUCUCUUAGUCAUAGACUUUAGGCAAUAGACAGGGUGGAUUCUGAAUGCCAGUUGCAGGAAAUCACAGGUGAGGAGUGUGCUUCUGUGCUCAGGUUCUGUUUGCAGGCUUCCCAUGGGCACCUGGUUGGCCACUGUGAGAAGAGCAGGAUGCUGGACUAGGUGACCCCUUGACCUGAUCCAGCAGGCUGUUCUGAAAGGGCCCCUAUGCACUUACCCUAACUCACCUUCCCAAUUUUUUGCUUGAUCUAAAUUUAAGACAUUUUUCUCAGGAAAAGGAAUGGCAUUCUGGUAUUUGUGCAGUACUGUUUACUGUGAACUAUUGGGCUGUGCUGCUUACAAAUUAAUCCUGGUAAAAUUAGCCAGAUAUCCAGGAGUUGAGAGAAGCUGGUCAACAAAGUAGACUUGAGUGCUGAAGUAAGAGGAUAUGCUUGUUGUCUGGAAAUGGAAAAGCCCGGCCAUUUAAUCUUCUAAUCUCACUGCUAAUUCUUCCUAUAGGCACAAAGGGACCAUGGUUACCUAUGGUGGAAUGUCAAAGCAGCCUAUAACAGCCCCUGUGGUGAGUAGCCAUGAGAUUUCUGUGGUUUACUUACUUUUUUUCUGCACAUUUCCAUUUGUUAAGGGCAAUAGCUUAUUCCUAUUGUGUUUCUCCUUGCAACGAGUCAUCUCUUUCCUUGGCAGAGUGCCAAAUUCUUCGCAUCUAUGGGGCAAAACCAUUCUCAUGCCAGGUCAUGUUGUCCUCCAAAAUGUCCUCCAAAAGAAAAUAUAUUGCAGGGCUUUCAUAAUCUGUCUGCUUUUUUGCAGAGUGCACUGAUCUUUAAGGAUGUGAAACUUCGUGGCUUUUGGAUGACCCAGUGGAAGCGGGACAACGCACAGAGUAAGUGAGGGUAAUGUGCAAUGGUGAAAUAGGGUUUGGAAGAAAAGAGCAGGGUGAUGUGUGGUCCUGUAUAUUGAUGAGAGAGAACUCUGCCUGAGACCCUGGAGAACCCCUUAUCGUCAGAGGCAUUAGCUGACCAGCUGGUUUCUGUGUAUCUCUGCUAUCCGGCUUUAGUGUUGGAAUCUCUGAUCUGUAGUAAAAUGAAUGUAAAUGUGUAGUUGCAUGUUAUACCAGUAGUAUGCUGUAGAUAAUUCGCUCUGCCCCCUGAGCCGCUCUUUGGCAUCUUAGCCCACCUCACAGGCACCUCACCUCACCUCUCCACCUGACUCCAAUUGCUCCAAUUGCUGAACAUCAAGCUCUAGUUUAAACAACGAAAGAAACCACUCCUGUUCUAUCCAGCGCACAAAAGAGGUAUCCUGAACUGUGUUAGAACAGAACAUAAGAAGAGCCUGCUGGAUCAGCCCAAUGGCCCAUCAAGUCCAGCAUCAUUUUCUCCCAGUAGCAAAACAGACGCCUAUGGAACUUGCAAGCAGGAUCUGAAGGCAAGGGCCCUCUCCCCUUCUGUGGUCUCCAGCGAGUAGUAUUCAGAUGCAUUACGGCCUCCAGCUCAAGCUGGAAUUUCAGUAUCUCUGCCCUGAACAACAUCCAUGUGUUGUUUGUGUCGCUUUUGACUUCCCUACUUCUAAACAAUCAAAACCUGCUUAUUAGUAGCAGUAGAUUUAUUAGCAUCAUUGCCUUUUUCAUUCUCAUGCCAGGACUUGUUCAAUGUAAGCUCAGUUGUUUUUGAGAAUGUUUUAAUAUAAACUCUGCUUUGUUUCCUGUAUACAGACAAAGAGAAACUGAGGGGAAUGAUUGAAGAUCUAUGUGAUCUCAUUCGUAAGGGUCAGCUCACAGCUCCAGCCUGCCAAGAAGUCCCACUGAUAGACUACCAAGCUGCUUUGGAGUCUUCCAUGAAGCCCUAUGUAUCAGCUAAACAGAUCCUUGUUAUGUGAAGCCGGUCUGAUGGGGAAAUUUGUACACAGCCUGUUCAGAUGGAGGUCAGGCCCAGCUGGUUUGAGGGCUCCCAAGACUAGAGAACUGAACUUUUUCAAAGCUCCAUGCCCUGUAGCUUGGCAGAGGGGGAACUGUGGGGGGCAAAUGGCCCAGACUAUCCAGUAAUAGUGGUGGUGGGAGCUCUUGUUUCUAUAUGACUAGGAAACACUGGUUUCAUGGCAGAAGGUGGGGUGGAGGAUGACCUAGGAAGACUUUCCCUCAGUGUACCCUGAUCUAGAUUUUCAGUGAAGGAACUGUAGAAAAGCUGCUGUGUGCUCAAAUUUCUUUCUCCUAUAGCACACUUUUUGCUGGCUUUUCUGCACUUCAGCUCUGCUUCUGCAGAUCGAUUGCAUUUUCUAGGAUCAGGUACUACUGCAUAAUUAACGUAUUUGGCCUUCUUUAGAUGGAGAACAGCUUUUGAAUUAUGGACAGCAAAACCUGUCCAUUUCCUACACAUCUUUCUUUUGUUUCUUUUCCACUUGUAACACUUCCUGUGUUUGUCUUAAGUAGCAAUGUGCUCCCACCAUUCAAAAUCAGGCAUAAAAGUGAUUGUACAUUAGUGGCGUAGUUUUAUAUGGGAAGACAGAUCUGGUCAAGACUUCAGGAAAAGUGAGGCUUGCCUACUAGCCCUCUUAAUGUCUAGUGCGUUCUAAUUCACAUUGUUGGUCCAUUAGCGAUGGGCAACAUGAGCUGUAUCCAGCCUACCAAGGCUUUUCCCCUGGAGUUACCACUUACUUUCCGAGAGCGUUGAUGCGUCAGAUGCAGCCUGCAGUCCUCAAGUGUCAUCCUCCUAAUCUGUAUAUAACGCAUAGAAAGACUAGUUUAAAAUUGGUUAUUUAUAUCAAGACUGUUGUAACUGAAAUGAAGGCAAAUUGUAUUUGAUUGCAAACCUGUUCUUGCAGAACCGUGUAAUGACCGUUGAAAUGCCAAUGAUUCUCGUUUCCAAUAAAAUUCUCUAGCUCUGAUCAGUGAUGAGAUUUUUGCUGGAGCUUAGU